GGCACAGCACAGCCGGGCUUGGCCAGGGCAGGAGCCAGACCUGCGGAGCGGAGGGACACCGAGUUGCGGGAAGAGGAAAAAUCCGGGCCGCCGCUGUCACGCACAACCGCGGGUCCUUGCGGGCCGGCUCCGCCGGGGCUCGGGCGGCCGCGGCCUGUGGGUGAGAGGUGCCCGCUCUGCACUCGCCGUUCCGAGCAGGUACGGCCGGGCGCUGGCSGGUGCUGGGAGGCUGAGCCUGCAGAUUUGGAGGAGCAGAGCCGGCUGCUGACACGUCGGGAGACAGGCCCCGUCCCAGCUCUUCCCUCCGGCGCCGGUGUUUAAAGCUCUCCCCGGCCCUACCGCGGGCACCGAGCGGCUUGCAGUUCAGACAACGCGCGAUCGUGACAGCGGCCACGCUGCAACAGCUGCGGUAGAAGAUGGCAGAAUGCUCGAGGAAGUCCUUCAAAGACAGUCUGGAUGACAUAAAACAACGUAUGAGAGAAAAAAGAAUUCAGAAAUCGGCAAAGCUGGGUAAACCUACCCAGUUCUUCGCUGUAAAGGGCAAAAGAGCAACCAACAACUCCAACAAAAUGAAGACAAUUCAAGCCAACAACAGAGAUCUGGCUCUGUCCUUGCAAGAACAAAAGCUGAAACUGAGGGAAGCUGAAGCUACCAUUCUUCAACUAAAGAAAGAUUAUCACAUUUUGAAAGCUCAGAUGUUUGACUUGCAAAGAAAUCAUAGGUUCCAGCAAGAACAAAGACUUGUGGAGAAUCGACUGUCAGCCUUGAAUGAGAUAAUUUCCAAAGUCUCUCAGAAUUUACUGGACUCAGUUGCUCUCCUUGGCCCAGCAAAGAAUUUGUGUUCCACGGACAUGAAUCAAAGAGUGCUUUCUUCAGAUCGUGAGAACAGUUGCAGUGUCACAGGACCAAUACAUUCAGUAGGACCUCUAAAGUGGGCUCAUGAAGAUGCUUCCAUACUUCCAAGUAGGAUAGAAGCUGGUGGUGAUAGAAAUUCUUUGUCAAAGAUCUGUGUGGAACCUGACAGUGACAUUUUCUUCACCAAAAUAAUUCCAAGUGAAGGACAGAUCUCUGAUUUUCAUCAGGACAACACAGAGUCACAGCAGGGAAACAUUUCAUCAAGUGUGAACUUUGAAUCUGGUAGAGUGUUACCAAGAAGUGUGUCCAUCAGACGUCACUUUUCAAAGACGAGCAACUUUAAUGUCAUUUGUACUGAUGUCUUGGACCAUCCAGAAGCACUUGAUUCAGUAAAAGAACUUUCUGAACAGACUGAAAUUAGGCUUGAGGAAAGCCUAGAGAAGUGUACUGCAGAAAAUAUAAAUGCAGCUAUUCCUCMCUUCAGUGAAAACAAGGUCAAUUCAGAACUGGUGUUGAGCCAGAAAAAUUCUGAAACUACACAGUUCAACUUAAAAUGUAAUUCUGAUCUUAAACAACCAGAGCGUAAAAGCAGAGAAAACCCUCAAAGAAGGAAAGAAAAGCAUCAGAAAGGAAAACCGGAAUGGCCACGUACUUCCCAGCAAAGACCAGUAAAACAGCGUAAAGAGGCUUCUAAAGAAAAGCAGAAUUUCUUGGGUGGCAUCAGUGAUGCUUAUGACUUUCAUUUGGAAGAGAGUGUCCAUCUUACACCAUUUCGACAGAACAAGGCAGACACCAGCAAUACUGAAGUGGAUGAUGAAGAAGACUCAGCUGAAACCAAUACCAUUGAAUCAAGCAGUACUGCAGAUGAUUCAGAUGACAGCCUCUAUGAGCCUUUCAAGAGUAAAUCGAAGAAAAGACGAAGUUUAGCGGAUGAGAACCCCACAUCACCAAUCCAUCCAAGGCCAAGGUCUAAAAGAUGUUUGGCACAGCGUGAGCAGAAACUCUGUCAUGAAGAAGAGACUGAAAGCAACAAAUCAAGUGUUAAGUCUAUCAGGCAGCCUUCUGAGCCAUCUCGUGGGCAUCUCUGUGAYGUUACCAAUACAGCUGCAGUGCUCCCCAGCACUGGGGACCCAGCAGCUGUCCCUGAAGGUGAAGAARCUCAGUCUCCAAAACGCAAGCGGCGAAGCUGUACUGUUACUGUGAGCUAUAAAGAACCAAGUAUUGGAGGGAAACUCAGGAGAGGAGAUCCAUUUACAGAUACAAAGUUCCUGUGUUCUCCAAUUUUCAAGGAGAGAAAAGACCCUAAGCGCCGUUCUCUUAAGAAAGAUUCUAUGAAAAAAUACAACGAGAAAUUGGUUAGGUGUCGUUGAGAUUUUCAGCAAAACCCUGCUUCUGCCAUGCAGAAAGAMAUUUCCUGGUUGAAAUAUCUUGUUGCACAUGUUAUCUAGUAUUAAGAAUAGCAGAUUAAGAGGGYCUGGAUUUAUGCUAGUGACCUCUUUUGAUGAUAUGAUUGCUUUUAUARCUAAAGUGAUUCUAUUCAGGCUCCUUUUGAAUGGAUCUGGGAGUAUAURAGAAAUCUCUGAUGGGUAACAUGGUGAAUAUCAUUUUAUGUGUGAACUUUACACACUUAAGGUGUUUUGGGUAGGAAGUAUUUGUAAUGACAGUGUUUGUACAGAUCUUGUUUAUGUGAUGGUUGUAGUUUCAUAUUGAAUCUUAUAAUAAAUACCUUAUGUUUGGAAAGAGAGCUGAUAUUGGUUGAUGUUCUUUUGGCAGUUUUCAGAGUUGCUUCAAGGGCAGUAAUGUCAGCAGUGGGCAUUACAGRCCUGUGUACUCUGUUGGCAUAUAAAGGCUGUUGAGAAGCAAAUUACCAGCUGUAAUUUGAUUCUGUAGCUGCAGCUCUCAAAAGCAGCAUUAGGCUUAGUGCAUGACCAGCUGAAUGCAAGUUAGAAUCAACCAGACAGAAACAARGCAAAUUUCUUGUGGAGGUUGGUGAAGAAGGCUCCACUUUGGUGGAAUGUAAACUAUGAGUCCCAGCUGUUGGGGGGCUAUCAUAAUAGUUUAUAAUAAUUUUCUCCCUGUUUUGCCCAAUACCUUUCCAGAGGAAG